GUCAUCGUUCCCUUUAAACAAUCUGUACCCACAUUUCUAGGUUCGCAACAAUGAUCUUGUUACCAAUAGUUGUUGCAAAUCUGGAUUUUAAAACAAAGUAUCUUUCUUUGAUAAUAAAUAUAGAUUUGCGCAACCCAUUUGAAUAUCUGAUAGAAGGGGCAUACCAAAAUCAAUUUAUAUUUCCUUGAUUUAGUCUACAGCAAACUCCAAAGAGAAAAAGGGGUGUGCGUGUAGUGCUAAUGGGGGCGUAUAGAGCUGAUGAGGAUUAUGAUUAUCUAUUCAAGAUUGUUCUGAUUGGGGACUCUGGUGUGGGAAAAUCCAACAUUUUGUCAAGGUUCACCAAGAAUGAAUUUUGCGUUCUAUCAAAGUCUACAAUUGGGGUUGAGUUUGCAACCAGGAGCAUUAGGGUGGAUGAUAAGGUUCUCAAAGCUCAGAUUUGGGACACUGCUGGCCAGGAAAGGUAUCGAUCGAUCACCAGUGCAUAUUAUCGAGGAGCUGUUGGUGCAUUGUUAGUAUAUGAUGUUACCCGACAUUCUACAUUUGAGAAUGUGGAGAAAUGGUUCAAGGAGAUCAGAGAUCACACGGAUAAUAAAAUUGUUGUUAUGGUUGUUGGGAACAAAGCAGACUUGAACCAUUUGCGAGCAGUUUCCGUGGAAGAUGCUAGAACUUUUGCAGCACGGGAAAGAACCUUUUUCAUGGAAACCUCUGCCCUCGAUUCCACCAACAUUGAAAAUGCCUUCACAGAGCUGCUCACACAGAUCUACCAUGUUGUAAGCACGAGAGCCCUUGAAAUCGGCGAUGAUCCAGCAGCAUUACCAAAUGGACAGACCAUAAAUGUUGGGUCUCGUUAUUAUUAUGUAUCAGAUGAGAAGCAGAAUGGAUGUUGUUCUGCUUGAGCAUGCAGCAAAAGCCUCUGUAUUUUUACUUUAAACAUAUGUAGAGUCCAGCCUUAAAAAUGGUUGUCCGGAGAAAAUUGCAAUCUCAACUUUCUACUUUGCUAUGUAGAGAAAUCUGUUCAUUGAGUGUCAAAUUUUAAGGAAACAUGCACUUAUAUUUUCCUUUAUGCCUAUUUUGAUUGUUGUUUCGUGAAGGUAUUAUCUAUCUUUUCCAUGACUGCAGAUUAAGCUUUCUAAAUUUAUUUUGACAUGUUUUCGAAGUUAAACUCUGAAUUUUCGAGGGAUUUUAUUUUCUGCACCCGCAAUUUUUCACGCACCCCCUGAAAAAUGACAUCCGAAUUUCAUGUUCUGGAACUUUUUCGGAACAAAUUUUCUGAAAUUUUUGAAAUAAGAUUUCUAAAAUGAGAUUUUCGAAAUGCUUGAAAUACAUUCCAGAAUAAAAUUUCUGAAACAAAAUUUUCGAAACAUAUAGAACAAGUUUUCGUAACACUCCUACAUGAAAUGUGCUUCUAAAAGAGCUUUUGAAACAAGUUUUUUCUCUUCCUCUUCAACGUUCUUCCUCUCAUUUUUUUCCUCCGCGGUAGCAGGAAUGAUGGAAAUGAUUUUUAAGUAAUGUGAUUUGCACAUUGUUUCCUUAAAACUGAGAGUUGAGCAUGAUUUUUGAGGUUACAAGGCUUGCAAGAAGGCCAUUUCUUCCUGAACCUCCAUAAUUUCAAGUUGCAACCCCCACAAUUUCUGUACUCUAGAGUAAUGAAACAAAAAAAUGCAUUCCUGGAUUACAUAAUCCUAAAUCCAAAUGUAUUCCGAAUUGAACAAAAUAUAAUAAGCAUAAGAAUCCAUAAACCUAUUUCUUUAUGGUUUUAGGUUGAAAAUAAUAUUCUAAUUUCUUAUAUAUAGAUUUGUACAAAACUCAUUGACGUCAAAUCUCUCCUCAAAAAACCUCGCAGUAAUCAGACCUCAAUCACCCAUAAAUUUCAAAUCGGGAUGAAGCAUUGAAUAUGCACAAUCUUU